AUGCGGGACUUCCAUUUCCUCCUUCUAAUUACAGAAAUGACAACUGCAACAUCUCAGACAACUGUAUGUGUGAAGAACGUAUGUGCGUGGUCAGAAUGCACAGCCAGCACCGCCAAGACCACCGCCCCUCUACCACAAGGAACGACCACCAUCACACCCACACCAACAGUGCCCACCUCAGCAGCCACCACCGCUGCCAGCACCUCCAAGACCACCUACAGCUGCCAGCCACGUUGUGCCUGGACCAAGUGGUUUGACUUGGAUUCCCCUACGCCUGGUAGCCAAAAUGGAGACAUAGAGACGUUUGCAAAAAUCCGAGCCGCUGGGAAUGCUCUGUGUGACAAGCCAGAGGACAUUGAGUGCCGUGCUAAAGAUUAUCCUGCCAGGACUCGGGAACAACUGGGACAGCAAUUUGAGUGCAGCCUGGACACCGGGCUUGUCUGCAGAAAUAGGGAUCAGAUCAAAAAAUACCCCAUGUGCUUUGACUACGAGAUCAAGGUGCUGUGCUGUGACCGUCAACACUGCCAGACAACACCAGCACUGCCAAGCACCACUGCAGGCUCCUCCACCACAGCCUCUCCUGCAGAAACCUCCACCACAGCAACCCAAACUCCAGCACCACCCACUGCUGCCUCCACCCUCCCCCAGUCGUCACGGACAACCACCACUGGCACCACGGUUGUCCCCAGUACCACGGCUCCACCAACGCAAGGCACAACCAUCAUCACCACCACCAGCACAGCCAGCACCGCCAAGACCACCGCCCCUCUACCACAAGGAACGACCACCAUCACACCCACACCAAUAGUGCCCACCUCAGCCAGGAGCACUGCCAGGACCACUGAAGAAAGCACCAUAAGGUCCACAGCCACGUCUGCUCCAGCAGAAACCUCCACUGUGACAACACGGGCUGCAACAUCAACCUCUGCUGCCUUCACCCUGCCCCAGACAGCAACGACAACCACCACUGGCACAAUGGUUGUCCCCAGUACCACAGCCCCGUCACCACAAGGCACAACCAUCAUCACACCCACUAGCAGGCCCAGCACCACCAGGACCUCUCCCCCUCUGAUAGAAGGCACAACCAUCAUCACACCAACAGUGCCCACCUCAGCCAGGAGCACUGCCAGUACCACUGAAGAAAGCACCACAAAGUCCACAGCCACAUCUGCUCCAGCAGAAACCUCUGCUGUGACAACACAGGCUCCAAGAUCGCCCACUACUGCCUCCACCCAGUCUAGCACCAGAGGCAGUACAGAGUUUUUUCCCACAUCUGUUUCUUCUACUGGACAAAGUACUGUCACCACUAUUUUUCCCACAAGUUUGUCUACCACAAGCAGCCCAGGUAUGUCAUUGUUUACCUCUGGAAAAGUUAGAAACAGGUAUUUCAGUAGAACUAUGUUGGUAUCAUUGUGUACUGUGACUUCUUCCACUGUCAUCCCUAUUUCUUCCAACAUAUAAACCACCUUUUUGCUCUACCUGUCCCUCUGCUACUAGUAUCUGUGUUAGACAAGUGUGUGAGUGUACCCCGUAGCUUGAUAUUACUUAUCCUGUGCUCAGUGGAGAUGG